AUGGUGCUGGCCUCCCUGCUUGAAGAUGACGAUCUCCUCCGGGAGAUCCUCCUCCGCCUCGCGCCGCAACCAUCCUCCCUCCCACGUGCCUCUGCCGUCUGCAAGCGAUGGCGAGGCCUCCUCACUGACCCUAGGUUCCUCCGCCGCUACUAUGCCCACCACCGCAAGCCUCCCCUCCUUGGUGUCUUUGAGACUCGCAGCGGGAGGAACCCCUUCAUUUCAACUUUGGACUCUCCCGACCGCAUCCCCCCCGAGCGCUUCGACCUACAACGUCACGACAACUUCCCCAAAAGUGUUCUUGAUUGCCGCCAUGGCCACGUCUUGGUCAAAUACUGGAUGCAGGAAGACCUCGUUGUGUGUGAUCCCAUCACCGCAGUCCUAUAA